AUGGCCGACAGUGAGAAAAAUGAGGAUGACAAACUAGAUUCAACAACAGUUAUUUGUGUGUGUUUGAUUUACCUGUUGGCUACACUGUUCACUAUCGCCGGCAACCUCAUUGCCAUUAUCGUUAUAUGGCGGACGAAGGAAUUUCGAGAAGUAACAAGAAUUUUGAUGGCAAAUCUGGCCGUAACGGACUUACUGGUUGGUGUGUUAAUUUUACCGUGUAUAAUUCACACCGCUGCAACAAAAAGCUGGAUAUUCGGGAAUAUUUGGUGCCAGUUUACGGGAUUUAAUAAUUUGUUGCUGUGUUCUGUUUCAGCCAUGUCGUUAACGGCAGUCAGCUACGAACGAUAUAUUGCGAUUGUAUAUUCAUUAAGAUAUAUCGACUUGUUAACGUUAAAGAGAUCAGUCAUCGUCGUAGCUGUUAUCUGGUUGUCUGCAGCAGUCGGUGCAAGCGUGCCUUUUUUUGGUAUUGGAAAAUACAAAUACUUUGACAACAGGUUAACAUGUGGACUCGAUUAUAAAGAUAAUCUAGUAUUCACUGUAACCGUAAUUGUCUUUUAUUUUGUAUUACCAGUAUCCUGGAUGUUUUACAUAUAUUACCAUAUAUUCAAAACAGCGAGAAGACAUGCACGGAGCGUGCACGCCUUGAUCAUUAGUUUACCCGGACAUAACAUCGGAUUUAGCUCAAAGGAGCGAAAGGCUACUUCCACUAUAGUGAUUAUCAUCGGUGUUUAUCUCUUGACGUGGACGCCAGCCACAAUCGUUCAGAUCAUUUCAUUGUCUGCUUCCACAAUUUCAAUCCCACCAGAGGUAGACACCGUCACGACAUGUCUGUUGUUUUUGAACUCGGCCUGUAAUCCGUGGAUUUACUGUGGCAUGAACGCUGUGUUUAGACAGGGAUUGAGACGACAAACGCGACUUUUGCUUCAAUGUAUUGGAUGGAAAUGCAUAAAUACCUCACAAGACGCUGAACAGAACAACUCGACCCAAUCUACAGUGAACAUGCACAACCAAGAUAGUAACUCAGUCGUCUGA